AUGACAGUGGUUGCAACACUUAUGGUCAAAGGUUUCUUAGUGGGGAAGAUGAAGAUGAUGCUAGGAACCACUCGAUCUAGGCAGAUACGUCAGCAAUAUCGGUUGCCAUACGCCGGAGUCGCCGAAGACAUUCUCGUGCCAGACGUCAGAGUCGCCAGAGAUGGAGACAUGGCGUAUGAGCGGUGUGCAAUGGUGAAUAACAAUCGAAGCUCUAAUUUUGGUGAUGAGAGUGUGAGUUGA